AUGUACGGAAUACUGUUAGAAAAUUUAGUGUCCUUCAUUAAAGAAGUUUACGGAGAAGACAAAUGGCAUGAAAUCCGACGUCAAGCUGGCAUCGAUGCCCCAGCAUUCAGUGUUCAUCAAGUUUCCGAAAACUUACUGAACACGUUGGCUAAAAGAGCUCAACAGGUUUUAGGUUUGACCGAACGUGAGUUUAUGACCGCAAUGGGUGUUCAGUUUGUGAGUUUUGUGAGCCAAUAUGGAUAUGACAAAGUAUUAUCGGUUCUCGGAAGACAUAUGAGGGAUUUUUUGAAUGGUUUGGAUAAUUUGCACGAGUACUUGAAAUUUUCAUACCAAAUGCAAGCACCAAGUUUUAUAUGUGAGAAUGAAACAAGGCAAGGUUUAACCUUGCAUUACAGAAGCAAACGGAGAGGUUUCGUGUAUUACACGAUGGGUCAAAUUAGAGAG